ACAUGUUGUGGCUGCUAGGCGCCGUGACUUUGGGAGCAGCGGCGUUUAAAAUUCUACCCAACAAAAAGAAAGAAAUUUCUUGGACGGAAUUCGUAGACAGUUAUCUGGACAAGGAUUUGGUGAAAGAAGUGCAAGUCGUGAACAAGGAAUGGGUCCGGGUGUUAACAAGUAGUCCUGAAAAUGAGGUUGUUUGGUUUGGAAUCGGCAGCCUUCGCAGUUUCGAGUCGAGAGUGAGCAAACUGGAGGAGCAGAGGAACAUUUCCCUUCCCAUCACACACAAGAGCGAAGUGCGCCUGAUGAACACACUCUUAGAGAUUUUCGAAUUAAUCCUCCGAUUCGUUCCUGCAGUCCUUUUAACCUCCGCUUUGGUCUUUUUCUUUUUCGGUUGGCCACGUCUCAGUUCUAACAACGCUUUUCAAAAAGAAUCAGAUUCUUCUGCAGCCCCAAAAGGAGCAAUUAUCGGCGGAGAUGUUGACCUUGCUCUCAACUUCAGUGACAUCGUUGGUUGCGACCAGGCAAAAAUCGAAAUCAUGGAGCUGGUCAACUUUCUGCGCUACCCCGAAAUCUACACCGCCAUGGGGGCGAAAAUUCCGCGAGGAGCGCUGCUCUACGGGCCUCCAGGGACGGGAAAGACGAUUUUGGCCAAGGCCGCAGCGGCCGAGGCCAACGUCACUUUCAUCGCCAUGUCUGGACCAGAGUUCAAAGAGGUCUACAUUGGAAUCGGCCCCAAAAGAGUUCGCCAGUUGUUUUUAUUUGCACGGAAACACUCGCCGAGCAUUAUUUUCAUCGACGAAAUCGACAGCAUUGCGAAAAAGCGGAUGAAAGCGAGCAGUGUCGGUGGUGGCUCUGAUGAGGGAGAAAAUACACUCAACCAACUGCUGAUUGAAAUGGAUGGAUUUAAGGCAAAAGAGCGAGUGAUCAUCCUAGCAGCGACCAACAGGCUCGACUCCCUUGACCCAGCUAUAAUGCGACCUGGAAGGUUCGACCGGCUCGUCAACGUGCCGGCACCCAACCAAAAGGGCAGAACUGACCUUUUCGAAAAGUAUCUCAAACCGAUUCACCUGGACAUCGCAAUCAAACGAUCUGAAAUUGCCGAAGAACUGGCCAAACUCACUCCGGGAUUUACAGGAGCGGAAAUUGCGGGAGUGUGCAACGACGCGGCCGUGUUGGCCACCCGAAACAACCAGUGCUCGGUGGAGAGGGAGAAUCUGUACGAGGCCAUCGACAGGGCGCAGGUCGGCAUGGGACAGGCGCAGCUCGAUGUCAGUCCUGAGGAACUCAAAGUCGUUGCUUACCACGAGGCUGGACACGUCGUCACCGCCUGGUUCUUACAGCACGCCGACCCCCUCGUCAAAGUGACCAUUAAGGCUCGUGGAGACUCUCUGGGACACACGCAGUUUAGGCCGAGGAGCCUGCAGCUGCACACUGAGGAGCAGCUGUUCCACAGGAUGUGCGUCCUGCUCGGCGGCCGCGUGGCCGAGCAGAUGACCUUCGGCGUCAUAUCCACAGGGGCCACCUCCGACCUGCAAGUCGUCACCAAGUUGGCUUACGGAACCGUUGCGCAUCUGGGCAUGAACAAGAAGGUUGGACCUUUGAGUUUUGGCGGCGAACGCAAGCCGCUCUCAGAGGAUAUGUCCAAAAUGAUUGACGCCGAAGUGCACAAGCUCGUUUCCAAAGCCCUGAAGACCACAACCGAUCUCCUCUCAAGCCACAAAAAGGACUUGAAGUUGAUUGCGGAGACCCUUCUGAAAGUGGACACCCUGAGUGCUGGAGAAGUAGGUGAGCUGAUUGGACCUAGACCUUUCCUACAAUGAAUUGAAAAUUUUAAUUCGUCCUGAACAAAAGACAAUACAAAAUAUAAAUA